AAUAACAGAGUAUACUCUCAACUCCUUUGUUCCUGGUUCCUUCCUAGUAGUUUAUUUGCAUAGCAGAGUAGGGACUGUGUGUGUGUGUGUGUGAGAGAGAGAGAGAGAGUCAAAUUCAAUGGGCAUGGAAAUUGAGUUCUGAACUUAUUUUCUCUAAUGCUUUGAACCCAAAAGUUUGCAAUUGGAAACUCAGGGCCUCUAUAACACAAAAGAGUAGCGACUGUGUGUGUGUGUGUGUGUGUGAGAGAGAGAGAGAGAGAGUCAUACACAAAAGGGUUUUGAAUCUUGUUGAUAUAAAGAUUAGAAGAUGUGUGCAGUGCAGAAGCUAAUAUAUUUUACCAUCUCAACAAGUCUUGUAAUUCUUAUUCUUGUACCAUUUGUCAGCUCAUCUCAAGAACAUACCAAAACAAAGAGCACUCACUCCAUCAACAAACACCACACUCUAGAGUUGAGUCCUAAACUGCUGUUCGAAAUUACACUACAUGGGUUUCUCCUCUGGGCUUCAAUGGGUUUCUUGAUGCCUGUUGGGAUUCUUAUUAUCAGAAUGUCAAACAGAGAAGAAUGCGGAAGACGACUCAAAAUUAUGUUCUACAUCCUUUCAGUACUUCUUGUGACAGCCGGAGCUAUAAUGUCGAUAAAGAACUUUGAGAACACUUUCAAUAACAAUCAUCAAAGGAUAGGGCUGGCCCUUUAUGGUGUCAUAUGGUUGCAAGCCUUUAUUGGGUUUUUACGGCCACAAAGAGGAAGCAAGGGAAGAAGUGUAUGGUUUUUUAUGCACUGGACGGUGGGGAUCACAGUUUCUCUACUGGGAAUCAUCAACAUAUACACAGGAUUACAAGCCUACCAUAAAAAAACAUUAAGAAGUGUAAGGCUUUGGACUAUGAUUUUUACUGCUGAGAUUGCAUUCAUUGCCUUCUUUUACCUUUUCCAAGACAAAUGGGACUACAUACAGAAACAAGGUGUGAUUUUAGGGAAUGAACCAAAACAAUCUACUGAACAAGAGAAUUCUCCAAGAGACAAACAGAAGGAAUUGUUGAGAAAGCAAAAUGAAUGCUGACUUUCUUCCACUAACUUGGGAUUCUUUUAAUCUUCUUAUCAUGAUCUUCCUUUAAUAUAAACUUGGUGCUCUAUAGUAUGACAAAUAUGAUUGUUUUGCUAGUUAUUUUCUCCUCUUUCUAAGUAGCAUUGCUCGUCAAAACAGCCACGACUGUUUAAAGCUUGUAUAUUGAAUUUCUAAUUGUGUUUGUGUUUGGAAGCACCGAAUGUGAGAUAUAAAUUUGUAUU